UCGGAGGGGGGGGGGGAUUGGGAAGGCAUUCUACCACGCUAAGCGCAUCGUCAUUAAAUGUCUCUAAAGUGAAUUCUAAAAGGUUUGUUUUGUUGCACGGGUGUGAUUCAAUUAGAUUUUCCAGCCACCGCUGUAGACAAAAUCGGGUGCAUGUGGACGAGGGGGAAGACGCGUUCAUAAACCCCGACACCCCCCGCCACCCCGUCCCCUGAUGGGGUGGCGCGGAGCAUGGUUUAGUAGCCAGAGGGCAAUCUGGCUCAGUUACAGGCUCUUAGCUCUGUUUUCUACCAUAACUCAUGAACCGUGUGGGUGGAGGGACGCUCUGCCUGCUUUGCCUUGGUGUAGAUGAGGGAGAAGGGCGCAAGUGAGCCGAGAACAGGGAAGUUUAUAUGCGCGGAGCAUACGAAUACAUUCGACGCGAAAUUGUUUUCGUUUGAAGACCACUGAACGUGGAUUUUUUUUAAAAAAUAUAUAUAUUUAAAAAAAAAGACAGAAUUUGUGUCGCAUUAAAAAUAUUUUUUUGGUUAAACAAAAAAAAGAAAGUAUCUUUAAACAAACCAAGAGAUUUAAGAACCAAGAGAAAACGACUACCUUACCGAGCGCCGUUCUACAGCAGACGAAAGCGGGGAUAACUGUGCUGCACGUACUGGAAUGAGUGCGGUCUCUUUGGGAAAUCUCCUACGCAUCUUGUUCCGAGUCUUCCGCUGCCACCGCGCAACGAGGAGCCGCCCGCGCUCCACUCCCACGCGAAGUUCAAACUUCGACAAACUUUGCCAAGGCGGGCGGGCGGGCGGGCGCAGGAGUCGGCGGGCACAGCGCUGCGGCGCCGCAAAACACUCGCGAUACCACGCGGCGUUCGCUUUCGGCCGCCAGGUUGUUGUUAAAGAAGUUGCGGGGAGGUGGCGGGGUGGAGAGAAAAAAAACAACCCCACCACCAGGUUUCCUUUCUCGGCGUUGCGCGACCCCCGGCACAUUCGGGCCCAGGUGUGUGUGUGUGUUGGUGGGUGGGGUGCUUGCCAUGUACGACUGCAUGCUGGAGUCGCUGGCCAUCAGCCCGCGCACGGGCCGCGAUGUGCCACGAGGAGGGCCCCCUGCCUGCAUGCUCCAGGGACACGCGGCGGCAUUUCCUCCCGUGCCCAGCCUCGCUCACAAUUGGGACUGGGCCCAGCCGCCCCUGGGGCCACCUCCUCUGCCACCACUGCCGCCUGGACAGCCGCACUCGCUGCAGAAGCAGCAGCAGCAGCACCACCAGCACCACCACCAGCACCAUCGUCAACCUCUCAGCAGUCCCUCGGCAGAGUCGCAGAGCACGAGCUCGGAAGAGCACUCGCCAAGCCCAGCGUCGCCACCGCCGCCGCCUCGUGCCUACAAGCCCUGCUUCGUGUGCCAGGACAAGUCAUCGGGGUACCACUAUGGUGUCAGCUCUUGCGAGGGAUGCAAGGGCUUCUUCCGCCGGAGUAUUCAGAAGAACAUGGUGUACACCUGCCACCGUGACAAGAAGUGCAUCAUCAACAAGAUAACGCGUAACCGCUGCCAGUACUGCCGCCUGCAACGCUGCCUUGAAGUUGGCAUGUCCAAGGAAUCGGUGAGGAAUGACCGGAGCAAAAAGAAGAAGGAGGUGGUGCGACCGGAGUUGCAGGAAAUUCCUCCCCCGUGCCCCGAGAUCGAGGACCUCAUUGACCGCGUGCGCCGUGCCCACCAGGAGACUUUCCCAUCCCUGUGCCAGCUUGGCAAGUACACGACGUCCAAUGGAUCGGGGCAGCGCGUGACGCUCGACGCCAACCUGUGGGAUAAGUUCAGCGAGCUGUCCACCAAGUGCAUCGUGAAGACGGUGGAGUUCGCCAAGCGCAUUCCGGGCUUCUCCACCCUGGGCAUCGACGACCAGAUCACUUUGCUCAAGGCAGCCUGCCUCGACAUCUUGAUCCUGCGGAUCUGCACUCGCUACACGCCCGAGCACGACACGAUGACGUUCUCGGACGGGCUGACACUCAACCGCACGCAGAUGCACAACGCGGGCUUUGGGCCGCUCACCGACCUGGUGUUCGCGUUCGCCGCUCAGCUGCUGCCCCUCGAGAUGGACGACACAGAGGCCGGCCUGCUCUCUUCCAUCUGCCUCAUCACAGGCGACCGGCCCGAGCUGGAGCACCCGGAGCGAGUCGACCGGCUCCAGGAGCCUCUGCUGGAGGCGCUCAAGUUCUACGUGCGCAAGCGGCGGCCCACCAAGCCCCACAUGUUCCCCAAGAUCCUCAUGAAGAUCACCGACCUCCGUGGCAUCAGCUCCAAGGGCUCGGACCGUGUGAUCACGCUCAAGAUGGAGAUCCCGGGCUCCAUGCCACCGCUCAUCCAGGAGAUGCUGGAGAAUCCCGACGGGCCAGACGGAGGAGGCUGCACGACCCCGCCGCCGCAGAGCGCACCCGCGGCCGGAAGCAAGGCCCCCGUGCCAGAGCCCUCCGCGGGCGAGACCGGCGGGGCCGGAGCUUCCGGGGUGGGGGACAUGAAGUGCACCAGAGCAAAGGGGGGCAGUGAGGACUGCGGGGCCAGCAGCUCGACCGCCGCCGCUGCCGUGACAGCAGCAGCAGCAGCAGCAGCAGCGCGUGACCUGGCGCCUCCGUCGAGGAAGGGCCCUCUUGCAAGGUGUUCAACUGGGCCUCAGCCGCCUCAGCCGCCUCAGCCGCCGCCUGUCAAGAAGUGACCCCCCGCAAUCCUGCCGACUUGCAGAUGCACUAAAAAGAUUGUUUAUUUUCGUCCCUUAUAUAUAUAAAAACAAAAACAAUAAAGGCCUACUCUGAAACGAAGCCGUAUAUUUUUUAAUUCUUCACAGCAAAAAUGCGGGAAGUGAUGGCGCUUGUCGAUGAGAUUUGACGGUCGUGUAAUUUUUUUUCAACACAAGGAAAACCUGCAAAUGAAGAUGGGUCGUAACGACUGUUCAAGUCGGACAGUUGUUAAUGCUGAAGGACCUGUAUAUUUAUGUGUUCAGAUGGUCAAACCUGCCGAUGAUUCCUCCAAGACUAUGAUGUGGUUCUGAACGUAGCGCACUAAUGGGGAAUCAAAAUGAUUGCAGCUCGGACUUGGAAGGCUCGCCUGCUUCAGCGGAAUCUAGUUAUUGGACCGCUCUUAUUGUAACCUUUUGAGGAAUAUAGCUGUUCAACAAUGGAACAUCUGUACUUUUCAACAACAGGACGUAAAGGCUUUGUCUUUUCUGUGGACGUGAUCACCGAGAAACUUCUUAGCGCAUGGAGGUGAUACUCCACCAGCUUGCUCGCCACUCAAAAUCCAAGCAACAUCAUCAAACGUCUCCAAUUUAUAUUGGGCGUUUUUAUUUGGAUUGCAAACGCGAAUUGAAUAUUGUUGAGAAAUUAACAUUUUUAAGAGGCUAAUUUUUAUACAAAACCUGAUUAUUUUCUUUGCCACAUUGCAAAUUCUCACUUUUGGCUCUCGAUGUUAAAGCACACCAGGUUACACAGCCCUAGCUUCAGCACGCUAUGAGGGUUAUAUGACUGUCGGUUGACAUCCAUGCAUCAGCAGCUCUUAAAUGAUAUUAAACUGACAAUAGCGGAGAAUAACGAAUGACAGCAACAUCAUUAGACAGUCACGUAACUCCACGGUGGAGCCAAUGCAUUAAGUAGGCUGUACCAGUGGAUGACAUGAACUUGAGAGCGACCUUAUUUUGUCCUAAUUUUUUACCCUUUCAAAUGUCAUGUUUGAAACCAUUCGUGUGCUAUGGAAUAAAAUCAUGCAAUGUGUUUUUUUUUUAAUCGGAGCUCGUAACUGUUGCUCAUAUAGACAGUGCCGUGCCUCAUCACACAGUACGCUGUUGCUGUGAUGCAUCUAUUGUAUUGCCUUAUACAUAUAUAGCAUCCUAUAAUGUACUGUAUGUUAUUUUAGUGCAGUACAAGGCUAAGUGACUUCUAUUUUGUAUGCAUUUUGCGGUUAUCUUUCAGUGGUGGGGGGGUUGACGUAGGGUACGUGUACUUGAUGGCAGUGGAUGGUGGUGCAGUUCAGCCUUGUAAAUGAGCACAGUUCGUUCCAACCAGAGCAGCGUAAAAGUAAAUGGUUUGGAAUUGCAGUUUCCAGUUAAAAUGAGGUCAAAUGACACAAUUUUGUACAAAUUGAAUAACAGUAUUUAUCCGUCUCAUUCACGAUGGACCUAUCUUUUCUCUGAAUGUCAUCCAGAUUGCUCUAUUCAGUUCUCCAAUAUACAGUUUACACAGACAAGAUCAAGUCAAACACAUUUUAAAUGUAUAGUUAAACAAUUGCAAUGAAGUCGGUCAUCCAUUCAAAUAAAGUACUGCACUUUAAUUGUGACUAGUCACCCUUGCAGCGCCACUAUUGUGUCAGGCAGCAGACCUUUCGAUCACUCAUCAUGUGACAGUUAUGAAUAUAUUUCUCUGUUAUAUAUUUUUUAAAGCAAUGUUUUUCAUGUUAUGCCUUUUUCUGUUACUGUGAUUGGGGCUUGGGCUUUACCUGAUCACGUGAGACACACGGAGUACUGUAAUUCUUUGUGUGGCACCAAAACAGUCGGAUAAUACGAAGCUUUUGCAUCAAUCGGGCGCGGCGAGCAAAGAAUUGGAGCCAAAUAUGUAGUACUCUGGGGUUGCUGCCUACAUAGCCACUGCGGUCAAGUGGAGCAGCACCAUCAUGUAAGCUUUGCCUGUUGUGAUGCCGCAUACAGCACGCUUAUGUGAGACAAUCCAGCGGAACGCUUUUGUUGGGAGGGGGGGGGGAAGUGAAUGUGCCAAAUGUGGAAACGUGGAGACCCUCAACUUUGCUGAAUGAGAUUAUAAUGGGUCAUUCAGAUGUUCUUAAACAAAAUUAUCUUUAAAAAAAUGUUUUUAAAAAAAUAACUUUUAAGUUGGAAUUACCCUGUAGGUUAUGUUAAUAAAAUGCUUUCAACACAAAACUAAA